AGUCGCCAUUUUUUCUGUCCUUGGAAAAAAACUGGCAAAAGAGAUCGUUGUGAUCAAAACAAGUACCAAUCAUGACAGCAAGUGAUACAUAGAGAUAUAAGUGAUGAUAUGCCGAUAACUGGCUAGCGCCACAUGGCAUUGGAACGGAGUAUUUUUAUUUCUUUUUUUUGACAGAUUGACUUGUUUGUGUAAAACUUAAAUGGCAGGUAAAGUAGCCAAGGUUCCAGUCCCCAAAUUUCCACAUUCUAUGCAUGAUUUUAACGAUGCUGGUUACUUAGACAAACGCCAGUCUGGAGGCUGGAAUAUGGAUGAACAUGAAGUCGUUGAUCAACUUAAAGAUCAGAGGUUUCAAAAGAGAGUUGAAGUCUUGGAACAGCUUCUGAUUACUGUCAGAAGAAAUGGAGGAAAACUGCCAUUCUUGAAUCUACAACCUGUGUUUCGUGGCCUUGGUUUAGCAUUAACAGAUUCCAACUGGGACGUGCGUUUAAAAUGCAUUCAACUGAUAAACGAAGUUAUUCCCCAGUUUGGGGAUGGUCUCGAUUCGUGCAUGUCAGAGGUCAUGGGGAAGCUGAUUCCAAACAUUGGCGAGAGCAAGAUUACUGUGCGAAGGGCUGUCAUUCAGACAUUGCAUGUGUACAUGAAGUGUACCAAUCAUGUACCCUCAUUACUGAGAGCUAUUGUUCACUAUGGACUUGAAAAUGAAGACCCAAGGGUAAGGAAAGAGUCAAUAGUUGCUCUGCCAAUGCUUUUUACUCCUGAGUUUGCACGUGAAAAUUUCUUUGAAAUUACACAAUCGCUGGCAAAGAAAUUACUUGACGCUUCAGUGGAUGAUAACUUACGGGACUGCUCAUUGACAACAUUAGAGAAAAUAAGAACUCUUGUUGGUGAGAGAGAAUUCACAACAUAUCUACACAAGCUGUCUGCUCCUUUGCGGCGGUACUAUUACCAAUUAAUGGGACAGAGUGAAAGUGACAAUAUGCCAGAUACAAGUGCACACACUACCCCAAGGAAUGCACCCUUUUCAAAGGCAAAAUCUAAUGGAUCGGGAAAUCAACAGAUUCAGCCAAUAUAUCAAGCUCAGUAUGUGGAUUCAUAUGAGUUUGGCAUUAUUCCUAGUCAUGUUAUGAACCAAAUAAACGAUCAAGAAAAUUUUAAACUCCGAGCGAAAGGAGUUGAAGAGUUGCGAAGCAUCAUGUAUGAGUUGAAUGAAGACGAUGUUCAGAGUAACUUGAUGCCACACAUGAUUUCAUUCAUAAGUUUCUUAAAUAACUUGUUAGAUGAUUCAAAUUUUAAAAUAACCACAGUGACAUUAGAAAUUCUUCGUAUUCUUGUUGAAAAGUUAGGAAAGAAUGUGAAACAGUUUUUGAAGCCAUUAUCCACUACACUUGCAAAACGAAUGGGUGAUAAUAAAAUUGUUGUGAGGCAGGCGGUAAUGAAAGUUGCCAUGAAGAUGAUGCAAAGUUACACUGCGAAACCUGUGCUUUCUGUGAUAUGUGAAAACCUUCAGCAUAAAAACUCUAAAGUGAGACAAGAAACACUAAACAUCAUAAUUGCUGCGAUGUUAACCUUCCCAAGUUAUGCAUUUGAUCUCGCCGCUGUUUGUCGUAUGGUGGCACCAACAUUGACUGAUGUAAAACGUCAAGUGCGACAAGGUGCACUAGAAUGCCUUUCAGUGAUAGCUCAAACCAUGGGUCCUGGCCGGCUCCAGCCUUUGGUUCAAGCAGUAGAUCAGGUCGAACUGAGUUCAGAUGGGGAAGGCGUCAUGGGCGCAGUGCAAGCCCGUUUGGCAAGGAGGCAACUUCCUAAACUAAACAGUGAAGGUCUUGUUGAGUACGCGACACCAGUUCCGUCUUCCGCUUCAACCAGAAGUGCAGCAAGUUUUCAAACACAGGGUGCUGACAUGGAAUGGAUCAUGGGUGGGUCAUCUAGUGUGAGGGGACUUUCUCGUUCAGACACUAUGGAACUUGAGUCAGUGGCAUCAUCGUCUUGUCCGACACCUACGGCAAUUAACACAGAUCAGAAUGGUCAGAGUCGACCCUUUGUCAGUGCAGGGAAAGGCAGAAAAAAGCUACCAUGGGAAGGAGAGACAAAUGGACAGUCUGAUGGUCCACCAAAACCACGGCAGACAUGGUCAAUGAACGAAGAUGGGGGCGACAUCUACAACAAGAAGCCGAACAUCAAGCGACGAACGGCGCCAGGCAUGUCUGCAGAGGAACCUGCCCAGGAGAAUUCCUACAAAUCUAUCCAUCUGCAGAAGUUGAAAAAGACCCAGUCCCUGAAAUCAACUGGAUUCCGUAACCUUGACCUUGUUAUUGGAACUGACAAAGUGGAAGCAGACACUGACGACCGUUCCCCACCCACCCCCCAUGCACAUGAGGACAAGAAAGCUAAAGACGAGGAAUCACCAAUCCCGCUGAAAGCAACGCUCGCUCGAUCAGCAACACGCAGAUCUAACACAAAAAAGGUUCCACCCAUCUCUUCAAACAACUAUAGCCGUGAUGAUGACGUUGACAGUGCGUACGCGGCCUCCUUGGAGAGCACACUGGAACAAGAGUCACGCCAUGAGAUGAUGCCGACACUUAAAGGAAUUAGAGAGCAGGAGAAGUCGUCGUCGUCUGAUGAAGAAGAUACUAUGAUGAACUCUUUAAUGAGCAUCAGAAGCAGUGCAUCAAAGAAAAAAGAAAAGAUUAUUGAACAACACAGCUCGUCAUCUCUCACGUCAAGGUCGCCGUCGCCAGAUACAUUGAAAGAAAGCGGUGUCUGGAGUAACUUCUCGAGUAACGACUCAGAAACGAGCAAGAAGAAAACUAAAAAGACUGACUCACCUUUCGAAUCGAGACCGAAAAUUCCUCGUGAGUCACCAUUCGAGUCGAAACCAAAAUUAGCGAGAACAAGCUCAUAUAACAACAAGAAACCGGAAAAUGGUGAAGAGACGGUUUAUGUGGAUUACAAUCCAAGCAGUGGUGUGACAUUCCGCGAAAAUAAAAACUCAGACGUGCAGAUAGUUGGUAAAGGAUACAACGAUGACAAUAACUUGUUAGAAUCAAGAUCGUUGAAUGGAAUUAAUAGAAAAGCAAACGACAAACGAAGAUUAACGAAAGGCUCUGUCCUCUCGCCUCUAGGGGUUGCCUCUAUGCACAGCUAUGGUUCCCUGGAAAAUGAUGACGAUAAAGCUCAAUCCUCACCUAGUCCCGAAGGAAUAGGUGUCGUGGGAAUUGGAAUGUUUGAGAAUAUAAAUGGUUCAGAACAUGCAAUAAAUGCCGGAAACAGCCAGUCGAACGAUCGCAACAAUCGUCAACCAAUGAAGCAAGACAGGAAGGACUUUACUAGCGGGGUCGUAGGGGUUGGGGUCAACAAACAGGGGUCAUUUGAGGACCCGAGCAUGGACAUACUCGAUGACGUGGAUGAUGACCCAAACAACUUACGGAUGAGUCAAAAGCUGAGUGACACAAUUGCGAAGAAAAAGAAACAAAUGGAAGAAGAACAGGAGCGGGAACGUAUCGAACGGGAGAAGAAGAAACAGGAGCAUGAGGAGAAGUUGAAGAAAGAACGUGAGCGGCAACAGGAGAAACUCCGUCGCCUGAACACAAGCGAGAGUCUAGGUAUCGAGUCAUUGUCAAUAUCUGGGGCCGGAUCUGGGUCUGGCUCACAAACGAACAUGCUGGCCAAGCAGUCAUCCCCAUCCCUAACCCCUCGGAAGAAGAGCAAACCUCAACCUGAUGCAGAGCCUAGUCACUCCCUGUCUGCAUCCCAGCGAUCCCUGAUAGAGUCUGAGGACCCGAAUGACUGGAAACCGUACAAGGACCCUGAAGGAGCUCUGCGGCAGGCACAGAAAAACAUUGGCAUGGAAGACUGGGAGGUCAAAUGUGGCGCCAUUAACAGUAUACGUCGCCUAGCAAUGUACCAUCGAGACGUGUUGCUGACCAAUCUCCACCCAGUAAUCGUAGCCUUACUUGCGGAGGUGAAGAAUCUCCGGUCCCAAGUCUCACGCUCCGCCAUCAACUGCAUCGGGGACUUGUUUUCUAAACUCACCAAACAUAUGGACACGGAUUUGGACAUGGUUGUCCGAGCAUUGCUUGCAAAGAACAGUGAAAGUAACGGUUUUAUUCGGGAGGAUUCAGAGAGAGCUUUAUCAGCGAUGGUGGAAGCAGUCACUCCACAGAGGGCGCUGGUGGCUCUAGUCUCCGGUGGUGCUACGCAUAAGAAUUUUCAAGUGAGAAAGACGUGUGCUCAGUUCCUGGUGGGCAUCAUAAAAAAGAUGGGUCCAGGUCGGAUACUUUCUGGAAUCAAGGACGUAACAGACCGAAUUCUUCCCGCCAUUGCUCAGUUUACCAUGGACAGUCUCCCAGAAACGAGGUGGUAUGGUCGAAAGAUGCUGCACAUUUUGAUGACUCACCAGGACUUUGACAAAAUGCUUGUCAAACAUCUGCCCGCUAACACUCUCAGAAGUGUCAAGGAUAUUGUGGAAACCCUCAAAGUCAAGGGUAUUAGUGAGAACCCCAACGAGACAUCAUCAGCACGAGGCUGGCGGUCAGGUCAGGGCAGUAGGUCAAGCUCAGUCAUCCGGGGAAACUCUGCCAACAGCGAGACUCCGAAGCGUCGGAACACACGUACAGACGAAGCCACCAUGGAAGAAAUCAAAGAGGUCAACGCCCUUAUGACCGCUAACGACUGGCGUGACCGCUAUAAGGGAAUCACCACUCUGCUUGAGAUGUGUGAGCUCAGUGCUAACAUGGUGGCAGCUAAUGUUGUCAAGAUUUUUGACAAAUUCCUUCCAAAGCUGCAAGAUCCCAACAGCAAGGUGAACUUGUACGCCCUGCAAGUGAUGCUACAAAUUAUCCCAAUUCUUGGCGACUCGAUGAGCCCUGUCAUAACUAUCGCCGUUGGCAAUGUUUCGCCCAAUUUGUCCUCUAAGAACAAGGAAAUCAAUCAGACCGCUGUUGACAUCAUCGAUGCCUUUAUUGCUAAUAUUGAUGGCGCCAUGUUGAUCCAGCCUAUGGCCAACCAGGCUCAGUCUGCCAAUGCCCGAAGCAAACCCCAUCUUGUUGAGAAAGUUGCAGAAUUGGUGGGAAAGGUUUACCCGAAAAAGCAGAAACAGGUCGUGUUACAUGUACUGCCUCUACUCUGGCAUCUAUUAGGGGCCACAAAUAGUAGUGGGGCCAUUCAAGGGGGAAGCUCGAGUAUUCGCAUUGCGACAAGCAAACUCGUGAACGCCCUACACGCUCAAAUGGGCCCCCAGCUAGUGGAGCGAGCUUCAUCAGAUGCUAACGUUACACCAAGGCACAUACAACUACUGCAAGAGUUCAUCGAAUAUCCUUGAGAAUGGGUUUGACCUUGAGAGGAGGGGAGAGAGUGUAAUGUGACGAGAUUCUUGAUUGGAAUUCCACACUCACAAAGUUUCUUGACUGCUUGAGCUUGUCAUUAACGAAGGGAAGGAAUGAUAUACAGAUAUUCAAAAAUGUUCUUCAUGAACACAUACAAUGACAUUUGUUGAAUACUGAGUUAUUGGGAUGAAUAAGAUAUAGUUGCAGAUACUCUUUCUUAGAAGAGAAAUUGAAUACUCCAGUGAGAGAUAUAUAUAAUGAAUUCAGACUAUAUAUUUAUCCUUAUUGUGAUUUUUAACAUUAUACUUUUUUGUAUUUUUCAUCUGAUCAUUUAGUAAGUAUAUAAUAACAACAUAGUCAUGCACUGUUAUUGUUAUAGUUUGACAUUAGAAAACUGAGGCGAACAUUUCCAUAAACAAUAUUGUUAACUUUCAUAAACAUGCAUCCAGUGGAAAACUGUGGACCAAACUGUAUUAGAAACUUUGCCCAUUUAUUGAGAUGCUUGUAAGCUACUUGAAGAUACAGUGAAAGCUUGUAAGCUAAAUGGAGAUUUAGUGAAAGCUUGUAAGCUACUGAAAGAUACACGGAAAACUUGUAAGCUACUAUAAGAUGCAUUCAAAGCUUGUAAGCUACUAGAUGUGGUGAAUGCUUGUAAGCUACUAGAAAAUACAGUGAAAGCUUGUAAGAUACAUGAAAAUAUGUUGUGAAAGCUUGUAAGCUACAUGAAUAUACGGUGAAAGCUUGCAAGCUACAUGAAGAUAUAUAGUGAAAGCUUGUUAGCUACAUGUACAGGUUUAUUUGGAAAGUGCAUAAUAUGACAACACACAUAAACAUGCCAUCAGGAUAAGUGGUAAAUAUUAAGCACCGUUGAAGUUAGAUGUAGGUGUAUAAUGGUUUUUCAAUCAUGUAUACGUAUCACUGUAUAUUGAGACAGUUGUACAGGUUAUGUUUGAAAUAUUUGUUGUAGAUAAUGCAGAUUACUGUGAAGACACAGGUUGUGUUGUAGUUGUUAUUUAUUGAUUACUGUUUUAUUUAUCUACAAUUUAUGAGCUGUUAUGGAGGUUUUGUUUUCCUGAUGAGGAAAUUAUAUGUGGUGUUUAUGCCAGGGACAUGUGGUGAGAAUUGAAUUUGUCCGUUUAUUUGAUAUGUUGAGGGGUGCCUGUUAGAAUGUAGUAACUAUUUGAUAUAUAGAAGGACUUGCAAUGGUAUUGCAAGCACCCAUUUAUGUGGGUUUUUAACCCAGCUUGUUAAAGAUGUUUUUAGUACCAAUAUAAAUUGGUUAUUUGAAUUGUAGUUUUAGAAUUGAAGCAUAUAUAAAUAUUCCAUGCAUUUUUAGGCCUAGAAUUUAUUCCUGAAAUGACACACUGACUUUUUUAGUCAGGUUUUACAAGCAUGUAUUUAGAUAUCAUAUUUUAGAAAAAUUGAUUGCAGUCCAACAGACCUUAGAUGGGAUCGCCAGUAGCUUUUGAAAAAGAGAGAUAUCAUUAUGAUGUCAUGAAAAAUCUGUGAUUUAUCUAAUGUGCUUAUUAGAUUUUUAUUAAAUUUGAGCAAUACCAGUUGCUAAGUUUUAAAUGAAUUACCAAUCAUAUUAAUGUAAGUGCUUUGUAAAUAUCCUUUGUUGUUAAGCUGCUUUGGUUAUUUAAGUUAUUUUUGUGUAUAUUGUAAUGUGUUAAUCCCAUGAAAGUCAGAUACACUUCAACACCAGAGGAAAACAAAUAUUUUACAGUCAUCGAAAUUAGUCUUUUGGAUUAAAAGGCCGAAUUCUUAUAUUACUGCUUGACAUUACAAUUUUAAACAAGCCCUGCUGUAUAAAACCUAGAAUUUGAGCAAACCGGGAAAGCAAUUAACCAGUGCAGGGCUUUUAGGCUUGUGCUAAUUUGGACCACUGAAUUUAUUUCGACCACUGAAUAUAGGAUUUAUAUUUGAUAAAAAAAAAUGCCUUGGAAAUAAAUGGUUGAAAAUCAGGAAUUAGCAUAAAAUAAUUCAAUGUUUAAGAUUAUUUGCUUCAAUUUUGUUUCAAUUAAUGCAGUCCCUGUUAUAAAGUCUUCAUAAAGAAGCUAGAAUGAUUGUUCUUUGGCCUGACACACAUUAUAUUAUAAUCUAGUUUUACAACUGUGAUCUGUGAUAAUUGGAUAACUUUGCCAGUGAUGUUUUUGACUCACAUUUGUGCUUUAUUUAUUUUCAUGCUGUCAAGUCAUUACAUAUAUGCAUUCUGUUCUUUAAUUUCAAAAUCUCUGACAAUAGAAAAAUACUUGCCACAACUAGCUAUCACCCAGCCUGGUGUUUGUUACGUCUUCAUUUGAAUCAUCAGUAACAAAAUAAUGACCUUUAUUUUCAAAACUUGGAUUGAUAAUUAGACAGUGAUGCUCUUGGCAUCGUAGCAAUAAAAAGGAAGUUACAUUACGCGCUAACAUUAGAUAAAGCUUUGAAAGCUCAAAAUGUUUUCUUUAUUUUCCGUAUACUCGAUACAAUUAAGAGUAAAGAUAUCAGUAACUGUUGUUAUCUUAUUUUAGUUUUACCUAACUUAUUUUAAUCUGACAGUGGAAGUCCUCAUUUUAAGUUUUAGUUAAAAUGGUUUACCGCUUUAAAAGUGCUGCUACAUUUGUGAUUGGUUUUUAUUCUGUUACUCUAGAUUAAUUUUACAGAUUUGUAUUUAAAAUUUAGUUUUUACUUUCAUUGUGAAUUAGUUCUUUUAAUUCCGACUAAACUUUGAUUGGUAGUUAUUUUAAAUAAACAUGUCUGUUACUUAUACAUUUUGGCAAGAUUUACUUAAAAAACUAUACCUUACAAUUUUAUCAUUAUUAUUAUUAUCGUCAUCACAUUAUAUACCAUAACGUGUAAAUUUUAAAUAGACAUAUCUAUCUCCUAUGGUCCGUCCAUUGAAGUACAUGAAGGCCUCGAUUCUGUAUAUUAUAAUUAUAUUGCACUAAAACUAUUAUGUAAAAUUGUCCUUGCUUACAGUUAUAAGUUCUUUUUUUAUUCACUAGUUAUUUAAUCAAUUUUUCUUCAUUGAACUUAUUGAAUAUUGCAAUUCUGAUCGAGACGUGUAUAAAGGCGUUUUAAAUUAUAUAGAUAUGAGUGGUUCUUCUAAAUGAAAUUAUCUGCUUUAUAUAAUUUGUGGUUCAAAAUAUGCAGUUAUUUAUCACAGAAUAUAAUUAAAAAUAUUCGCAGCAUACUAUUAAUUACCUCACCCUAAUGUUUUUAUUUCCACCAGACCAUUUUAAGUACCAUCAUUUUUUCUUGUUUUGGUGUAGCUUUAAGACAUUUUAUUGCACUGGAAAGGCGUGUAAAUGAACUGUUUUUAUAAAGCACUCUAGCUUAGGUUGACCUAGACAAAAUGGAGAUUAUUUUAGUGUGAAAAUGACAUUCGUUUACCUUAAAAAAGGAGAGAAAAAAAACUACCAAUCCUAUUUAUGGGGGGUGGGGUGAGGGGGCAGUGGUAUUGAAAACUUAUAAUUUUGUUCCGCCUUAAUCAUAGUGUCUUCAACCUUCAGCAUGAACUGGAUUGUUGUUUUCAUCAGCAUUUGUAAUGCUUUGUUGUGAAUUUAUUGUGUUAGUGAGUUUGUCUUUCAGAUAUGAAAAUGCUUAAUUGAAACUCACAUAUUAAGAAUAUAGUCACUUGAAAUAUCUAUUUUCUAUUAAGUGUUAUCACAGAUUAUUAAGAGAGAGAAAACACAAGAAAAAAAGAAGUGAUUUUACAUUUUACUUUAGCUGUAAGCUAAUGUGUACAUAAUAAUUAUUUAUAUAUUCAUCUUGUUAUCUAGUUUGACGUCUUUGUUCCUGUUAAAGGCUGUUAAUGUACAUAGAUAGUAUUUAUAUUCCAUGUUAGUGUAUUGCAUUGGUCAACACUUAAAUCGUUAAGCCAGCUUUUGCGUUCUACUUGUCUAUCUUUAAAGCUUGUAUUCAUAACUCUCUUUUACUAGUUACAAAUUAAAAAUUAAUACAUGUAUGCCAGAAAUCCUUCAAAGAAAGUUCUAAUUGUUUAGAAUAAACAUUCAUGAAAUGUUAAAAGAUAACUUUUAUAAAGUUUAUCUAUAUAUAUAUCUUGACUGUCUUUAGGAAAUAUUGGUGUAAUAAAAUUGAAAAAAUAAAAUUACUGUAGGCUGUGCUCAGUCUACAAUUUUUUUCAUGGAAUAUUUUAAUGCAUUUUACAUCUGUUUUUUUGUAAAUAGUCUAGAGAAAACAUCAUUUUCUUUUAUGUCAGAGCUUUAAACAUAUCAGUCAUUUUUAGGGGUGGUCCGCAUAACUGUAUUAACUCGAGUUAAAAAUUAGGUAGUAAUGUCAGUUUUGUAAGCAUCUCUAGAUUUAUUCAUUAAAGCUACUUAAAUGCUUAAAAGGAUGAUUGUUCGUUGUCAGUUUUAAAUUUGCUAUAAAGCUCAACUUGUGUGUGAUUUUCUGUGGAAAUCUUUUCCCUAAAUUAUAGCAAGAAUUUGUUGAAAAAUUGUGCAUGUUUAGUAAUACUUAAAACAGUUUAAAAAAAAUUUUAAUGUGAAAAUAAGUAUUAUGGUUAAUGAUGGAUUAUUACUGUCGUAAUAAUUGAUAGAAUUUUUUUUUAUUUAUUAUUAACUUUCUGAAUUGCAUGAUUGAUGAUAUGUGUGUGCAUGUUCUGGAGUAUAUUCUGUUGGCUUGCUCAAACCCUGUUUCAUGUCUCUGCAAAUCAUUUUUCUUUAGACAUUCUGAUUCUAUGUGUUGACAAGACAUUAUGAGAAAUAAAGUAUUGAAUAUUA